AUGUUGUUAUCAAUCGUAAAUAUUGUAUAAUAUCCUUAAAGUUAAUGGAUUUUAGAUAAAUGUACAAAAUAUUUAAAUGGGGUAAUUUACAAUUUGGAUGAGGAUAUAAAAGAAAAAGAUAUAAAUAAAAAUAAAUAAAUAAGUGAUUCAACUUUAGUAAAAAAAAAAACUUUUCUUGCAAGAGCUUCUUUGCAAGAAACUGCCUUACUGAGUCAAUUAGGAAAGUAAUAUUUGAUUAAAUAAUUAGACAUAAAUAAGCAUUAUAAUCAGCAAGAAGGGCAGCAGAUAGUAUGAGAGAAGUUUUUAAAUUAGCAUCAUAGUUUUGUUUAGAUUGGCUUAAUAAAAAUGGAUCUUUAGAAAAUAUAAACAAUUCCUGUUUAAACAAUAAAUCUAAGCAAAAUAAUAAUAAAUUUUAAAUGAAGGACGAAGUUGAAUUUAGUAAAUUAGUAAUUAAUUUUGGAAAGGAUAUUUUAUUAGAUAUGUUAAAAUAUUAAGAUUUAGAUAAUAUGUCAAAUGAUGAAUAAUUGAUUUUAAGAGAAGCUAAAAAAUAAUUAUAUUUUUGGAAAAAUAAUCCAUCAAAUAAUGAAAAACAUAUUCGCAAAGAAUUAAAAUUAUCAAAUAAAAUGGAGGAUUAUCGCUCAAUCUUAGGAGUUUAAAAUGUUCAAGAAUGGAUCUAAUCAUUUAAUAUUAGUUUUAUCAUGAAUAUGACUCCGCUAAUUCAUAAUGAAUUUACAUAAUAAGGAGAAAUGUUAUAUGAGAUUUCUAAAAGAUUGUUGUUUGAAAAAAUCAUUUAAUUAUCUAUUUCAUACUUUACUAUUGCAACAGAAUUAAGAUUUAUAGAAUUAGAAAAAGCAAAACAAUUGAAAAUUAAAGAAUUAAAUACCGAUGAAUUUAAAUUAAGUGAAUUAUAUCAUCUUAAAGCUAUUGAAAUUGCAUGUAAAUAUAUAACUUGUACUUCUCAGUAUAUCAAUCAUCUUAUUACAACCUACCAUAAACAUUAUAAUUCUAAUUUAGAUACUAUUUAAGAAGAGUCAAUUAAUUCUAUUGUAUCAGAUAUUAAUUAUAAAGAAUUAAAUUUAUAAAAACUUAAAUUUAUUCANUCAUAUCUUAUAAUUAAGCAUGUUGUUAUCAAUCGUAAAUAUUGUAUAAUAUCCUUAAAGUUAAUGGAUUUUAGAUAAAUGUACAAAAUAUUUAAAUGGGGUAAUUUACAAUUUGGAUGAGGAUAUAAAAGAAAAAGAUAUAAAUAAAAAUAAAUAAAUAAGUGAUUCAACUUUAGUAAAAAAAAAAACUUUUCUUGCAAGAGCUUCUUUGCAAGAAACUGCCUUACUGAGUCAAUUAGGAAAGUAAUAUUUGAUUAAAUAAUUAGACAUAAAUAAGCAUUAUAAUCAGCAAGAAGGGCAGCAGAUAGUAUGAGAGAAGUUUUUAAAUUAGCAUCAUAGUUUUGUUUAGAUUGGCUUAAUAAAAAUGGAUCUUUAGAAAAUAUAAACAAUUCCUGUUUAAACAAUAAAUCUAAGCAAAAUAAUAAUAAAUUUUAAAUGAAGGACGAAGUUGAAUUUAGUAAAUUAGUAAUUAAUUUUGGAAAGGAUAUUUUAUUAGAUAUGUUAAAAUAUUAAGAUUUAGAUAAUAUGUCAAAUGAUGAAUAAUUGAUUUUAAGAGAAGCUAAAAAAUAAUUAUAUUUUUGGAAAAAUAAUCCAUCAAAUAAUGAAAAACAUAUUCGCAAAGAAUUAAAAUUAUCAAAUAAAAUGGAGGAUUAUCGCUCAAUCUUAGGAGUUUAAAAUGUUCAAGAAUGGAUCUAAUCAUUUAAUAUUAGUUUUAUCAUGAAUAUGACUCCGCUAAUUCAUAAUGAAUUUACAUAAUAAGGAGAAAUGUUAUAUGAGAUUUCUAAAAGAUUGUUGUUUGAAAAAAUCAUUUAAUUAUCUAUUUCAUACUUUACUAUUGCAACAGAAUUAAGAUUUAUAGAAUUAGAAAAAGCAAAACAAUUGAAAAUUAAAGAAUUAAAUACCGAUGAAUUUAAAUUAAGUGAAUUAUAUCAUCUUAAAGCUAUUGAAAUUGCAUGUAAAUAUAUAACUUGUACUUCUCAGUAUAUCAAUCAUCUUAUUACAACCUACCAUAAACAUUAUAAUUCUAAUUUAGAUACUAUUUAAGAAGAGUCAAUUAAUUCUAUUGUAUCAGAUAUUAAUUAUAAAGAAUUAAAUUUAUAAAAACUUAAAUUUAUUCAAAUAUAAACUUAAAGAGAUAAUUAAUUACUUUUUUAGAAUAUAAAUGAAUAAAACCUAAAUGAUACUUCUUCUACUACUGGAAUAUUAACCAAUUCAUUCAAUGGCUUAUAAUCUCUUAAAUCCUAUAGAAAAAUAAGUGAUAAUCUUAAGACUUAACCUAAUAAUUUUAAUCAAAUAAUUAGAAGCAAAAGAAUAUUAUAAAUACCUUCUGAUUUUAAUUCGAAAUAAAAAUUCUAAUUUUUCAAUGCCUCAACAAAUAACAGUUGCGAAAAAGUCAAUGAAAAGAUAUUAAAAAUGUAAGAGGGUCUACCAGUUUAAUUUCAAACUUAUAAAUCAGCAAAAUUAUCAUUAAAUCAUUUAUUAAAGUAAACAACUUUAGUUUAAAAAAAUAAUAAUGGACUAUAAAAAUCAUUUUUACUUGACAGGUAGAAUUUUAUAAAAAAUCAUACUCCUAAAGGAGGAAGAUCUCCAUAAUUAUCUCCUUGCAAAUCUUAAGUAAAAUUUACACCAUUAACUUCAAUUCUUUAAAAUAAAACUAUUCAUAAAUAAGAAAUUGAAUCAUGUAUAGAUAUGUAUUAUAAUUAGAAUUUUCAAUGAAAUUAGAAACACUACAACAAUUAUUAAGUGAAAAAUCAUAAAAUAAUUAAAAAAGAAAAUGA